UAAGGAACGUACAUGCCAAGGCAAUCCAAUCCAAUCCAAUCCAGACAAAACCAUAAGCUGGCUGGAUCCAUUUCACGCUUUAAAUAAGCUGAUGAUCUUAAUUGUAUCAUUCAUAAUAUUCGCUUUCACGUACGGUUGGUUACUAGCAUAUUCCCUCCUCCUCCUCUUCUUCUUCUUCUCCUCCUCCUCCUCCUCCUCUUGUUUCACUUAAUUCCCCAAAUGGAAAUGGCCGCCGGCUCGCAGUUCGUCAUCUGCGCGUUUGCCGGAAUAUUGUUGCUCCUCUGCUGCGGCGGUGGCGUUCUUUCGUAUGACCGGCCGCCGCCUCGCCAAACCCGGUUCGUCCCAUCGCCGGAAAACCUCGGCUCUGCUUCUCCCCAACAGGUGCACAUAUCUCUGGUGGGCAGCGACCGGAUGAGAAUUUCGUGGAUUACCGACGAAGAGACGCCGUCGACGGUGAGAUACGGCUCUUCUCCCGGCGUCUAUGAUUCUUCAGCAAACGGGACGUCGUCGUCUUACCGUUAUCUGAUGUAUCAGUCUGGUGAAAUACACGAUGUGGUGAUCGGUCCAUUGAAGCCAAACACAGUGUAUCACUAUCGCUGUGGCUCCGACUCCGACCCCGAGCUCUGCUUCAAGACGCCGCCGGCUCAAUUUCCGAUCAAUCUAGCUAUCGUCGGCGAUCUAGGGCAGACAGACUGGACGAGCUCAACUCUCCAACACAUUUCAGAAUCAAACUACGACGUGCUACUCCUUCCCGGCGACUUGUCCUACGCCGACAUGGUCCAGCCGCUGUGGGACUCCUUCGGCCGGCUGGUCGCCCCACUGGCGAGCCGCCGCCCCUUGAUGGUGACUCAGGGCAACCACGAGAUCGAGAAGAUCCCGCUCCUCCAUUCCCAAGCCUUCACAGCCUAUAACUCGCGGUGGCGGAUGCCGUUUGAGAAUAGCGGCUCCGAAUCCAACCUCUACUAUUCCUUCGACGUGUCCGGCGUUCACGUUGUGAUGCUGGGAUCGUACACUGAUUUCAGUGCCGGGUCGGAGCAGUACCGGUGGCUGCAGGCGGAAUUGGGGAAGGUGGACCGGAGGAAGACGCCGUGGCUGGUGGCGCUGGUUCAUGCGCCGUGGUAUAAUUCGAAUACGGCUCAUCAGGGCGAGAGGGAAUCUGAUGAGAUGAAGGCCGCCAUGGAAAAGUUGAUCUAUGGAGCUCGGGUGGAUGUCGUCUUCGCCGGGCAUGUUCAUGCCUACGAGCGCUUCGCUCGUGUUUACAAAGGCGAAUCCAACAUUUGCGGCCCAGUGUACAUAAACAUAGGGGACGGUGGUAACCGCGAAGGCCUGGCCAACAAGUACAUUGAUCCGCAACCCAGAAUAUCAGUGGUGAGGGAAGCCAGUUUUGGGCACGGCCAGCUUCAAGUAGUGAACGCAAGCCACGCACUAUGGACUUGGCACAGGAACCACGACGACGAACCAGUUGCAGCUGAUUCCGCAUGGCUAAUCAACCUCACAUCUCUUCCUUCUUGUAAUUAAACUUACAAUUUAAUUUCAUGCAUAUAUAUCACGAUAUUAUUGUUGAUCUCUAGUAAUA